UUUCAGAUUUUGCAGUGUUAAGAGUGUGAGACGAAACUGAAAACCCCCCUUUUUCACUCUGUGUAUCUAGUUUUCUGUUGCUGUGUAAAAAGAAGAAAUAGAAGAAGAAGAAGAAGUUUUAUUGGGUUUUGUUACUAAAUUGGAUUUUGUUGUUGGUUAAUGGUCUGUCUGUGAUUAUACUUAUCUUUGCUUUUAAUCAAAGUUAUUAUUUCUUUUCACCAACUCUCUCUCCCUCUAUCCUUCCAUUGGUGGUUACCUUCAGAAACGUAAAGGGAUCUGUGAAAAUUUGGACACAAGAUUGAACUUCAUUUCUUCAGAUGUCCAUGUGGGUUAUUUGAAGCCAUGAAGUAAGAAAGUGUUUGGUAGCUUCUUCACAAGCAAGGAUUUAUAGGAGGAAGGGAUACUGAUCAGUUUCUUGAGCUCUUGAUACCAAGUGCUAGUAAUGCAGAGUGAAUGGAACCUACCAAAUUUGUGGGUUACCACACUGAUGACAGACACAGUUCAAGGAGUCAUCAGUUUCCAAAAGAAAUAAGGGAGAAAAACCCAGCUAGUCGAACUUUCACACUUGGGGACAAAUUGAAGAUAGAAAGACCUAGCGCUCGUCCAUAUGAUGUUCUUCAGCAUGAUAUAAAACAUGAUCUAGGGGAGAAGUCUUUUGUAUCUAAAUCCUCGAGGAGUCACCGAAAACAAUCGUCAGACAAGAAGUCAAUCAAAGACGACGAGCUUGUGAAACACAUGUCCAAAUUGCCAGGUUAUUUGCAGCAUGAGGAGAAUGAAGAAAACCUCCAAAAGAAGGUUCUGAAUUGUGGUGUCCUUGACUGGAAGCGUGUAGAAAAGUGGAACUACAACGAAAAGCAAGUGCCCCACCAAGGUAGAAAGUAUUCACCGUCAAGUAGUAGUACUUCAUCCCCGUUCUCUACAGUUGGGUCAUCUACACUCUCUACUGGAAGUGACAGUGGUCCUCUGGCUCAUUCAAAGAAAGGAUCAUCUUCUUUGAGCUCUCAUCCGACCUCAUCUUCCAGUGAAAUUUAUUCUCGGGGUGGGAGGCCAUGUAAAAGAAAUGUAAUACCUGCUCAAGAUUUUAAAGCUCGCACCAAGAAAGUCUCAGUUGGGGGGCAUAAACUCCACAGAACAAAUGUCACCAACAGUUCCAUGAUAGAUCUUCAAAUGGGUAAUGGAAAAGGUUCAGGUUCAAGGACCGUUACGGAAAUCCGUACUUCCCCAAGUUCAGAAGAUAGUGAGAUCUUGUUCUGUACAGAGGGAAAGAUGAAGGAUUCAGUAGAUACAAAUACUCUUACAACAAAGAAGUUUCAAGAGUUCACAUUUCCUGACCAAAGUUCCCCUGGCAGAAAUAAAACAAUUGUUCUCCUUUUGCCCAGAAAUUCAAGCAGAAAAAGUUGCUCAGGUGCUUCUCCGCAGUCAGAAUCAGCAACAUUAAAUGAGGGAAAAUCUACUACAGAAGUUCAUCGAAGGAGAUCUUCAGACAAUUUUCUUUCGGAUGAGGCUCAAUUUGUGGAGAUCAAUCCUGUUAGUCCACACUCAAGCCCACUGUCUUCUGGAAUUAAAAGCAGCAACCAUGAUGAGAAUUAUCUUACGGAACAUUUGGAUAUGCAUCAGCAAUCUGAAUCUACAAGGUUAAGCAUAGGGAGAUCAACAGAAGUUAAAAAUAGAAGAUUAUCUGAUAGUCAUUGUGGUGGUGAAGCUAUGUACGGUGUAAUCAAGUCUGACAAUCCACACCCAAGCCAACUAUCUCGUGGUGUUGAGAGCUGCAGAAAUACGAAAACCAGCUUUGUUAGUACUAAAGGUGCUCAAGAUCUAAAACCUCAUUCUGGUUCAGCUGAAAUGCCAUCUGUUCACUCUGUAAAUAAAUUGGCAGAAGAGACCAAGUUGGCUGCGGAUAGUACCAAGAUAGUAGUAGUCGAGCCUACCAACAGACCAGGCCUCAAAACAAGAGAAUCAGCUGCUUUAAAAAGUAGAUAUCAAUCACCUAACAGUCGAUCUACUGCUGGAUUGGGUAAGAUGAGUAGAAGUUUCAGUUUCAAGGAGGCUUCAGCAUUGCCACCUCUUAGCUCAGAUUAUAUCACUGCCAAAUCUGGUCCAGUAGGAUCAGACUAUUGUGUGGAAAGUUCAAACAAGGAAAAGACGAAUGCUAAUGGUAAAGCUAGAUCCAGCCCUUUGAGAAGGCUAUUAGAUCCGUUACUGCGUCCUAGGUCAGCAAACCGUGUGUCGUUUCAAGACGAACCAUCACCUACACAAAGUACGUCUGAAACGUCUCAUCAAAGAUCAGAUUCUUUGAACUCACAACCAGUUAAAAGAAACUUGGAUUUCUCAAAUUGCAGACCGACCAGCUCUGAUGGCUUACAUCAGGAUGACAAGCAUCAAACAUCAAUGGUGCAAGCUCUUUUACAAGUCACUGUCAGGAAUGGGCUACCUUGGUUUACAUUUGCAGUAGACAAGAACAAAGAUGUCCUUGCAGCUACAAUGAAGAAAAUUAGUGUAUGUGGCAAGUAUGAUUGCAGUUGGAUAUACACAUUCUACUCCUUUCAUCAAGUUACGAAAAAGAGUGGAGGGUGGAUCAGUCAAGGAAGUAAAGUUAAAAAUCGUGAAUAUGUCCCUAACAUUGUUGGUGAAAUGAAGGUGUCUGGUGCCCAAUGCCCGAAUUCGACCAGGCAUAAAACAAAGGAUCAGUGUAUGGUGCGAGAGUUUGUAUUGUCAGCCGUGGAACCCAGAUCUAGUGAGGAUACCCUAGAUUUUUUUCAGAAAAAUGAGCUUGCAGCCAUUGUUGUCAAGGUCCCAAAAGAGAGCAUUGGAUCAUCAGUUAGUGAUGGAUGGCAGAAAGAUAAACAUACAGAACUAUCUAAAAUGAAGUUAUCUGAAUGCAUGCCAGACGUGAAAUGCUGCUCCGAGACAGCAAGUACUGUUGUUUUACUCCCUAAUGGUGUUCAUGGGAAACCAGGUAGUGGAUUACCUUCACCUCUGAUUGAUCGUUGGAAAUCAGGUGGAGCUUGUGAUUGUGGUGGUUGGGAUGUUGGUUGCAAACUAAGAGUACUUUCUAACCAGGAACAACCAAGCGAGGCCUCAUAUUCAUCCAAAGCUUGUGAUGGUUCCGAUCUGUUUGAUCUUUUUAUUCAGGAAGGAGAUAAAGGAGACGGCCCUUUAUUCAGUUUGACCACUUACAAGAAGGGAAUCUAUUCAAUUGAUUUCACUGCUUCUAUAUCUUCUCUGCAAGCAUUCUCUAUCUGUAUAGCAUUCCUACAUAGUAGAAAUCUUGCAGAACUUUCUGAAGUAGGUAACCUUUUUGAAGAAACAACAAACUCUGUAUUUAGGUAGACAUUACAUAAUGCCCAAAGCAGCAAACGCUGUUUUGAAGUGUGUAGUUUAUGAAUUUGAAUGGUUUCCAUGCCGAUAGCCACCGAUCCGAAAAUCACAUAAUGAUUACUGAAACAUGGAAUAGGCAUUAAAACAUGUAUUGCAAUACAUGGUUUCCAUAGAUAAAUUUCUGGAAUGAUGUAUAUGUAUAUAUAGAGUAUAAGUGCAUUGAUACAUACUGAGUUUAAUAUUUUCUUUACGUUCCGUGAGGAAAAUACUAAUUGCAACAAGGAUUUGCAUCA